AUGCGACGAGUCGGCGAUGCUGAGGAAAAAAUUGAAAAAUCAGAUGAAAUGUCGGAGAAUUCCAGGAAGACUUCAAAAAUAUUGUGUUGCAAUCUGACGCGAUAUUUGAUUUUGAUUCUGACAUUAACAUGUCUGACACUGCUCCAAAUGAACUCAUUGGCGUUCAAUUUCACAGUAAUCUGUAUGUCAGAUGUCUCAGACGAUUACCAUAUCACUCAUCCAAACGAAACUCAUUGGUUUGAAGAUAGUAACAUGAAAUCUCUGGUAUUUUCAUCGAUGGCAGUCGGCGGCCUAUUAGGAUUAUUAAUUGCUAUGCCAUUAAUGCAUCGAGUCGGUGUUCGUCUAGUAUUGAGCAUUUGUGGUGUAUUCUCAAUACUCGGAACCAUACUAUUCCCGCUAGCUGUCGAGUGGAACUUUUUCAGCGUUCUUGUAGUGCGAUUUCUACAAGGAUUGGGGAUUAGUAUGGUCUUUACAGUUCUGGGCUCCGUGCCGACAGCAUGGGCUCCAAAUAAUGAAUCUGGCACUUUUUUGGCAGUUCUAUCGUGUGCAUUCCAGUGGAGUAACGUGAUCUGCAUGCCAAUUUCUGGAUUCCUAUGUGAAUCAUCCUGGGGGUGGAGAUCGAUCUACUACCUCUUCGGAAUUGUCACCAUAGUAUUUUUCCUGGCGUUCUACUUUUUCUACACAGAUUCUCCGACAGAUCAUAGGAAUGUUUCGAACAAAGAGUUAAGCCUUAUCUUGCAAGAUAAGACUGUAACUCAUAAGGAACCAGUUCCAUAUUUGGCUAUUUGCAAGGAUCCUUGUGUGCUUGUCACUUGGAUGUCCAACAUCGGUGGAAACCUCGGAUUUUUAACCUUGGUACUCUACGGUCCAACCUAUUUGCGUGAAGUUUUGAAUUUCGAAGUUCGCGGAACUGGCUUCGCUAGUGCUCUUCCAUUCUUGCUCUCAGCAGCUGUCAAAUCUAUAGCCGGACAGCUAUCAGAUCGCUGUGAUUUUGUAUCAGAACGGGUUAGAUUUACAAUUUGCGGAAUCGUUGCAAGACUCGGCUUGGCAAUCGGUUAUAUCGGAAUGGCAACGACGUCGAGCAGGCUAGUGGCUCAAAUUGCGUUCACUUUUUCGAUUGCUGUAUCCGGACUGAACAUUAUGGGAACAGUGAAAUGUCUACAGCUGCGCUGCAAACAACAUGUGCACUUUGCCGUCUCCGUCAUCGCACUCAUGGCCUAUGUGAUUCAAUUCGGCGCGCCAAUCCUCGUCGGAAUCAUUUGUCCAGAUAACACCGCAGAACAGUGGGGAUGGUUCUUCUUGAUCGUCGGAAUUAUUGUGUUCGUCACAAGUGCACCCUUUCCAUGGUUUACAACUGCCGAGCCAGCCGACUACACGCUAUCCAGGGAAAAACAGUUGGAAAUUGCGAAACACAAAGAAUUGCAGGAAUGUUGCUGA